GGCACGGCGGAGGGAGCGCAUCGGAGGCGGAGCGGACUUGGUCUCGUUUCCCUUCCCGGCUUCCCUCGCCUUCCCUGCCCGGGCUGCGCAGGAGAAGCCUCGGUCUGCGGCCGCGAUCGCUGGGAAGGGGCCGCGCGACGCUCCCGCAGCCGGAGAGUCCGGCGCGAGGCCACCGGCUGCGUCCCGGGGCGCGCUCGGCGGCCCCCUGGCCUUCUCUCCAAAGGCGCACGCGUUUGGCCAACCGCCCCCCCCCAAAAAAAAAAAAUCCUAGUUGAAAGCUAUCGCCAUGGCCACAAGAUCCAUUGUGGACUCCAAGCAGGCCGAGGAGGUGGUGCAGGGCAUCCCGACCGAGGUGGUGUGCACAGCCUUUGCCAACACGAUCCUGGUGGUGGUGACCCAGUACGGGAAGAUGGGGACCCUCAUCUCGGUGGAGCCGAACGUGGUGGCCGACGGCAUCAGCAGCCCUUUGCUCACCACAAAAGUCCUGCUUGGCAAAGACGAGCCCCUCGUCCACAUCUGUGCCAAACACCUGGUGACGUCGGUCUCUCAGGAAGCUGGGAACAAGCCAGUUCUCCUGGCGUUGGCCUUGAAGGACAAGAGCAUUGAAGGGAUCCGGAUCCUGCAAGAGGUGAUUGGCCGGUGCCGGGUGUGGUGAGGUCCGACCUGCAGCGUGGAAGACUUCAACUCGCCGGGACUGAUUUGUCUUUCCUCACGUGAGGUAUUUACCUCUUUCAGAUGGGCGCUGUCUUGGAUGUGCCUUUGCUACAGAGACAAUAGUUGUUGUUGUUGUUUUUUAAAAAAAAAAUAAGUCAGUAUAGCAGACCAAACAAGCAGGACACCAACAUUGCAAAAGGAUAGCAUUCAACGCAGCCAUCUUGCAUUCCUGAUCUGCGAUGAGCGAGUCGGUUGCAGCUCAAUAAAUGACCUCCACGAAGAUCCAUUUCAAAGCU